AUGGAAUUGACCGAAGAAGAGUCACUGCUUGUUAUCCGACGUCUCCACAAGGUGUUGCGACCCUUCCUGCUGCGUCGUCUAAAGAAAGACGUCGAGAAAGACUUGCCCGACAAGCAAGAGCGGGUUGUGAAAUGUCGAUUCUCUGCCCUGCAGACGAAACUCACCUACCAGCUGAUGACACACAACAAGCUUGCUGUUGCCGACGGUAAGGGCGGCAAGACGAGCAUGCGCGGACUGAGCAAUAUGCUUAUGCAGCUGCGCAAGGUCUGCAAUCACCCAUACGUCUUCGAGCCCGUUGAGGACCAGAUGAAUCCGACAAAGGCCACAAACGACUCGAUAUGGCGCACAGCUGGAAAGUUCGAGUUGCUUGAUCGAGUGCUGCCCAAGUUCGAAGCCACCGGGCAUCGUGUCCUUAUGUUCUUUCAGAUGACGCAGAUCAUGAAUAUCAUGGAAGACUUCCUGCGCUUGCGCGGCACUCAUUACCUACGACUGGAUGGUGGCACCAAGGCCGAAGACCGGAGCGAGCUCUUGAGACUCUUCAACGAACCAGGAUCGAAGUAUCAGAUCUUCCUCUUGUCGACUCGAGCAGGUGGUCUCGGUCUCAAUCUCCAGACUGCUGACACUGUCAUCAUCUACGAUUCGGAUUGGAAUCCUCACCAGGAUCUUCAAGCACAAGACAGAGCUCAUCGCAUUGGUCAAAAGAACGAGGUGCGCAUCCUGAGACUCAUUAGUUCCAACUCGGUCGAGGAGAAGAUUCUGGAGCGUGCACAGUUCAAGCUCGACAUGGACGGCAAGGUCAUUCAGGCCGGUAAGUUCGACAACAAAUCUACCGCGGAAGAGCGAGACGCCUUCUUGAAGACGCUCCUGGAAGCAGCCGAAGCAGCCGAACAUCUUGGCGAGCAAGAGGAGAUGGAAGACGAUGAUCUGAAUAUGAUAAUGGCUCGCUCGGAUGAAGAACUUGCGCUGUUCCAGGAAAUGGACAAGGAGCGCAACGCUAAGGAUCGCUACGGCCCCGAUAAGCCUCUGCCCCGCUUGAUGGGCGAGGACGAGUUGCCAGAGAUCUACAUGGCCGAGGAGAAUCCCCAGCCAGAGGUCACGGAGGAGGAAUAUGCUGGUCGCGGUGCUCGAGUCAAGACGCAAGUGCGGUACGACGAUGGGCUCACCGAAGAGCAGUGGCUCGCUGCGGUUGACGACUCAGACGAUUCCAUUGGUGAAGCGGCAGCUCGAAAGCAAGCUCGCAUCCACAAGCGUCGGACGAACAAGGAGAAGCGAGAACGACGAGCUGCUGGCAUCAUGUCCGAUUCAGAGCCUGAUCCGGAGAGCGAGGAUGAGCCGGAGCCAGAACCUGAACCACAGCCGAAGAAGCGUGGUCGUAAACCGACUGGCAAUAAGCGCAAAGCUGAAGACGACAUUCCGGAAGAAACACCACCCACGAAGAAGAAGCGCGGUCGUCAGCCGAAAGUGAUCGACAAUCUCAGCUCGGGCGAUCGAGCUAUGCUUCAGAAGGCGCUCAAGUCAGUGUAUGACGCUCUGCAAGCUCUCGAAGUGCCAGAUAGCGACCCUGAACCCCAAUCGGACGAUGAAAGUGACGAUGGGCCAGCGACCAGGCUAGUGAUCGGUCCUUUUAUGGAGCUGCCGCCUAAGAAAGCCUUCGCAGAUUACUAUCUGGUGAUCCCGGAGCCAAUCGCAAUGGACGUAAUUGAGAAGAAGAUCGAUCAAAAUCGGUACUCCAGUUUGAGGGCCAUGCAGGAUGACAUUGGACUUAUGGCGAGGAACGCGCGGACGUACAAUGAGGACGGAAGCUUGUUGUUCGAAGAUGCUAAUACUAUUGAGAAAACAUGCAAUGACCUUAUUGCGAAGCAGAUCGCCGCUCACCCAGGCCUUGCUGCGCUGGAAGACGGGCAAUCAACGGCAGCCGGUUCAGCGAACGGCACGCCUCGUGCGAGCGUCGCACCGGCGGGUGGCACCAAGUUGAGAUUGACCAUGGGCGGAGGUGGCGCAAUCAACGGCGGCGGUGCUAGUGGUGACAGCAGCGCGAACUAA